UCUGAAAGGGUACUGCAAUUACUGUUGAAUGUUGAGUCAAACGGAUGUAGUAGCUGCUGGUUGUACGACAUGGAAGAUGAUUGUUUCAACUAAUUGUUAAAUCUGAUAGAUUGAAAAACUUUACGUUUAAUAAUAAUGCGUAAUGUAGCAUGCGACCUGUCAAAAUUUCGACGGUAGAAAGAGAUGUAAGGUUCCCCCACCAUCUAUUGCAGAAUAUUUACGCGGGAAUGUUUACGCUUCUACCGCCCUUUUAGUCAGGUAAUUCGGUGUCAGUGCCCCUGAUUUUGUCCUCUGUCUGUCCUGUUAGUAGAAUUAGCCCGGAGAAAAAUUAGUUUACUAUAAAUAAUUCCGGAAACUUUUUGCAAGAAUGAGUACUUCACCCAAUAAAAACUGCAAACGGCUUUUCACGGUGUGUAUAGAAGGCAAUAUCGGUAGUGGAAAAACCACAUUUUUGAAUAAUUUUAAAGCAAAUGAUAAUAUGCUGGUUCUUCAAGAACCAGUGGAACUUUGGCGCGACGUUGGUGGAACUAAUUUGUUGGAAAAAAUGUAUAAGGAUCCUGUUAGGUACGGUUGCCUAUUCCAAUCUUACGUUCAACUGACAAUGCUUCAACUGCAUACUCAGAAAACUAAUCUACCUUUUAAAGUUAUGGAAAGAUCUGUAUAUAGCGCUCGCUGCUUCAUUGAGAAUAUGAAACGUACCAAAAUGUUGGAAAAGGUGGAAAUAGAUAUUCUGGAACAGUGGCACGAAUGGUGUAUCCAGUGUGCUGACAUUCAAACAGACUUGAUAGUGUACUUACGAACAUCUCCAGAAGUAGUUUAUGAGCGGAUGCGAACUCGGGCUCGUAAAGAAGAAGAUUGCGUGUCAUUAGAGUAUUUAAGACAAGUUCAUGAUGUACACGACGACUGGCUUUAUAAUCGGUCUCUAUUUUCCGUACCUGCCCCAGUGAUGGUUCUGGAUGCGAACAAAAGUGUAAGUGAGAUGAUGGCAGAAUUUGAAAAAUGCAGACGCAGUAUAUUUGAAAACAGAGACAAAUUAAUCAUGGAAAACAAAAAUAUGCAAAAGAGAAGAAACGUCGAACCUAUGUCGCCAUUGUCACCUACAAAAAUUUCAGUUGGUAGCGUCUAGUGAUGAAAAAAUCGCAUAGGUAAAGAAAGAAUUAAUAUUUUAAUGUAAUGUGAUUACAACAUAUAUAUUUUUAUUAAUUA